UCCCGACUUCCUGGUGAUCAGCAUUACGAGGUGAUGAGAGCUGUACUGCAAGGGAUGUCACCAGGGCUGUCGUGAGCGAUAGCGCCUGUUUACACGAUUCUUCACAGACAUUCACCAGCAAAUAUGGACAACGAGGCGGUUGAGACGUUUCCUUUCUCGGAUCGCACUGAAAUCAGCUUUCUGAAAAGAGUCAGCAUUGAAGGCCAACUGAAAGACAUCCAUCCCGACAUUACAAUUAACAUCGACGAGACUCAGGUCCGAGUCAAGGGGUCAAGGAAUUCCGUGUAUGAUGCCAAAAUAUUCAUUGCUACCAUCUUGGAGGAAACUGAGUUACGUGACGUUAAAGUGACUGAUCCAUCGCGCAUCAAACUUUUCAAGAAGGAUGUAACUCGUAGAUAUAUUGGAAGCAUACUCUUACGAAAUGGCCUUAAUGCAGUGUACGAUGUCUACGAAGACAGGAUCAGGAUCCGGUGCAAGCAUGACGAGUUUUGCCGAGUUCGGGAUGUCAUAGACGCUGCCAUCGUCAGUGAAGAGGUUGAUGCCUUACAUAUUGGUGUAACACUCCGUGACAGACUUCAAGAGUUGAGAGAUUAUACGGAAGUGGACGACAAUCCAAGGCGUACUCGCCUCUCAGUACAUUUAGAGAAAUACGACUCGGUGAAGGAAAUCGUGGAUGUUGUGAUAAAUGAGCUGAACGAGGAACCAGGUGUUCUUCGCCGACGCAAAUCUGAUAGUGGAUUUAGCGACUCAGACGAGGAUCAGGUCAAUGGUGGUGGCGGUGCUGCAAGUCAGGAUGAUUCCCUCACCCAUCAAGAGAAGUCAGUGUACACCGAAAGGCUUGAAAUCCGAAAACCUGGCAUCGAAAAUAUUUCAAGGUCCGAUCAAUUUCAAGCAUUUUUGGAGGAAACUGCACAUGGAGAAAACAUCAAAGUGGCCCCAUGUCAUGUCAACGAAGAACAGGGGAGGAUCAUCAUUAAGCAGGGCACGCUUGAGGCUUUAGAGUUUAAGGUGGAUGUGCUAGUUUGUCCAGUCUCCAAAACGUUGAACCUGAGUUAUGGCGUGGUGGCAAAGGCUCUGUCUGAAGCUGCUGGACCGGAACUUCAGGAGGAUUGUAAGAAAGACUUCCGGGUUAACGAAAUGAAGGAGUGUCAUAUGACGGUGACGCCACCCUAUCGUCUCAUGUGCAACAAUGUCCUCUUUGUGGCCUUGCAAUACUGGAACCAAAGACAAGAAACAAAAGCUAAAGAGAUGUACCAAUGUAUACUCAGUGAAUGCCUGGAAAAAAUAUCAAGGAUUAAACCACUUCCAACGUCUGUUGCACUCCCUGCUUUGGGCUGCGGCAAUCUCGGGUAUCCACGUGACCUUGUGGCAGACUUGAUGAUGGACACGGUGAAGCAGUUUAUACAAAGACAGAAGGUUGAUGUAUAUGUGAUACUACACCCCGGGAACCCCGAUGUACAGAAGGCAUUCCAAGCAAGACGGGAAGCGUUUCACAUCGAGGACAUCAGACUGACAGUCAGAAAAGGGGAUAUUUUGGAAGAACAGACCGACGUGAUAGUCAACAGUAUAUCAGAAGACUUCUCACUGACUGAAACCCUUUCAACAGCACUGGUAGAACGCUUUGGAGAGCCAUUCAAGAAGGAUUUCAGAAAAAAUCUUCCAGCUCUGCAAAAGUCUGGAUUAUCUUUUUGCAAGUCGUGCAGACCUUGGACUUGUAUAGUACAUCUUUGCACCAGCGUGUUUAAAGGGAAGAACGGAACAGAUUGGCUGGCAGCGAUACUUUCAUGCCUCAAAGUAUCUGGGGAAAAGUUCAAACCAGCUUCUGUGGCCCUUCCUUGUCUUGGCGUUGGUUCUGAGCGUCUUUCCCCCGAACAACUGGCGGAACUCUUGUAUGAUGCCAUAGAACAAUACCGAGCUGCCGUUCACUUCAAGAAAGAUCGCAUCACCGAUAUCAGGCUGAUAGUGCUUCGUGACGAAGAUUUUGAUCGAAUCGUCACCACGUUGCAGGACAUUCAGGAGAGACACAAUAAACGUCUCGAGGCCACGGGUCAAAAGCAAGUAUAUGAUCUUUACGUAUCAUCUACUGAAACGUCAAAGGUGCAGUAUCUUGCUGGACAAAUCCGAAGCUUUGUCGAUUCUAACGUACGCAGUGAGGUGGUUGAAAACAACAGGCUGGUUUUUGCAAUGUCCAAAGAGAGGAUGGACGAUCUUCAACAUCUUGCAAGGAAUCACACUGUGGGCUUGAAGGUGAUCGGAUGCAAGCUGAUACUGUUGGGCAUUGACGUAGACAUAGCCAAGGCGAAGGUUGACAUCAAGAGGUUUCUGAGAACAUGUCACAGCGCUAGAUGGAGUUCGGCGAAGGAUGAGCACAAUCUCGAUCUGGACUCAAUCAGUGGCUAUGUUGAGGAUGCUUAUCAACACAACAAAAGAUACACAUUGUUUACGGAUCAGUCCAAUAGGCUCUACAGGCUGAAGAUCAAAGAAGGGAAGGUUUCGAUAUGCCAGCAUCCAGAUAAACGAGAGAUACAAUUACAGAGAAGAGUCUCCGUGAUGUAUGAUGACAUUCCACUCAACUGGUCGCUUCGGCAGCAAGGAGUCACGGACUGCGUCCCUGUGGACAGAGAUGGGGAAGAAUUCAAAAACGUCAUUACUCGCUUUGAAACUCAGAGGCAGUCCAAAAGUGAGAAAUUUCACAUAAAAGAAGUAUAUCGGAUUGAGAACAGGCUACUACACAGGAAGUAUAAGGCAGAAGAGGAACGACUUUCCCUACAAAAUGGCUUGGACAAAGUCAAUGAGCGCAUACUCUGGCAUGGAACCAGUCAGGGCUCAGUUGAAAGCAUAAACACAAAUGGAUUUGACAGUAGUUACAGUGGCAUAAAUGCCAACAGAUUUGGUGAAGGGACCUACUUUUCUGUCGACCCAUCCUUUUCGUCCAGAGACACAUACUCGCCUCCAGAUUCCAAAGGAUUGAAAUACGUGUAUCAGGCGAAGGUACUGACGCGCAUUCCAGUAGAGGGGAAGCCAACUAAGAAGUAUCUGCCAGUGAGAGCAGGCACAACCACUCCAUAUGAUUCUGCUGUCAACGACUUUGAGAACAUCAAAGCCUAUGUCAUCUUCAAGGAUGAUCAAGCUUACCCUGAGUAUCUAAUCGAAUUCACCCAUGCGGUCGGCAAGCAGGUGGACAUGACAGGAAGCAAGACAACAGCCGAUCCUUGUGAUGCGCAAGACAACAAUGCUCCAGCAAUGACUCGGUUGUAGUUUACCACUGAAGAGUGGUCAGUCACAAUAACCUCAAUCGGACUCAAGUGAACACAUGCGGAAACAGCUGUUAGAACCCUUGUCCUUUCUAGCCCCGGUUUGUGUGCAAGUAGGUGGCAAGUUUGAAGUGUCGGAAUAUGUUGUGGACACAUAUACUGUUGCAGUGUCGGACACCUAUUUCUGAAAACAUCCUUGUGUUAAAUUGUAUUGGUGUACUGGUUUCGAACCAAAUUCAAUCUGUCAUAUAUCUGUAAUUCUUUAUCAAUUAGCCAGUAUUUACACACUUACUGAAAAAUAGCCCCUGAAGCUCCUCUUAAGUUUCUCAUUGAUAAUUGCUCAUUUCCAUCCAUUACUUUCUUAAUAUGUGACGGACCGCGGUCUAGUGGUAGAGCGUCCGCCCGUAGAGCGAAAGGUUCGGGGCUCAAUCCCCGGCCGCAUCAUACUAAAAGACGUUAAAAGAUGGUACUUGUUGUUACCCCGUCUAGCGCUCGGCAUUAAGG